AUGACGCUCUACUACACUCUCGUCUUCAUGCUUCUCGUUUUCGAGAUGCUCGUCUUUCUCGCUCUGAUUGUACCGCUCCCAUACAGCGUGAAGCGAAAGCUCUUUGCUUUCAUAUCAGAAAGCCCGCUAGUAGCGAAAUUACAAUACGGAUUGAGGAUCACGUUUAUUUUUAUCCUCAUCCUGUUCAUUGACAGCGUCAACCGGGUCUACCGCGUGCAGCUUGAGAUGAGCGCUUUUAGCAAGGAUACCACUGGCGUAGGAGCUGCUGCCCUCGGUACUGAGCGUAUGGAAGUACAGGCUCGCAAGUUCUAUUCUCAGCGAAACAUGUACCUUUGCGGAUUCACUCUGUUCCUCUCCCUGAUCCUCAACCGUACCUACAUCAUGAUUGUCGAAGUGCUCCGUCUCGAGGAUCGCGUCAAGCUUCUCGAAGGUGACAAGAAGGCCGCCGGCAAGGACGCUGCACGUAUCGCAGAAGCUGGCAGUGUCGGUGAAAUCGGACGUCUUAAGAAGGAACUUGAAGCUAAGGACCGUGACAUUGAGACUCUCAAGAAGCAAGCCGAGGGUCUACAGCGCGAGUAUCACAACUUGGGUGACAAGCUCACCGAGUCUGACAAUGCGCCCAAGAAGGACCGAUAA